CCGGACGCUACCAACACACCGCCGCACGACAAGACUCGACCAAGAGAAACGAGUCUGUAGGAGAGGAUUACACUCCUACGGUACCGCUGACGGCAACUGCAAUUGACCGCAGUACAAGCAUACAUGCAUACAUGCACAAACACAGACACAUAGCACAUAGCAUUGACAGUAUGAGACUAUUGCACCGACAACGGAGUGUUUCUGGAAGCCUCCUUUGCGUUCUGCUCGUUUUUCUUUCGGCAGUUUCCAAAUGUCAAUGUUUCUCCACGCAUAGUUCGAGUAGACGAGACUCUUUGCAAUUGCCUUUGCAAUCAACAAUGCCACUGAAAGUCGCUGCCGCUCCCAUAUUGGAAGCGUCUCCGCUAGUAAUAGAGCCAACGAAUCCCAAGGUGGGGGUACUACUACUGAAUCUCGGUGGACCCGAGACCGGAGAUGAUGUCGAAGGUUUUCUGUACAACCUCUUUGCCGACCCUGAUAUUAUUCGACUGCCGGGGCCGUUGGCACCGUUGCAAAACUUGAUUGCCUUGUUCAUUUCCAAACGAAGAGCUCCCAAAAGUAGAGCCGCCUACGAAUCCAUCGGAGGAGGCUCCCCGAUUCUCAAAUACAGUAACGCCCAAGCCGAUUUACUGUGCCAGAGUUUGCAGCGUCGGUACGGUAUGGACGUCAAAGCCUACAUAGGCAUGCGCUAUUGGCAUCCUUUUACGGAAGAAGCACUGGACCAAAUUCAAAACGAUAGAAUCGAAGCUUUAGUGAUACUGCCUCUCUACCCACAAUUUAGCAUUUCCACCUCCGGAAGCUCCUUGCGUGUGCUACAGGAAGAAUUUUCGAAGCAUUCCGAGAAGUACAGCAAAAUGAUGCACACCGUGGUCCCUUCUUGGUACGACCGUCCCGGUUACGUCAAAGCCAUGGCAGAUCUGUUGAAAAAGGAACUCGACAGCUUUACUGAUGCACAAAUCGCUGAAGCGAAGCAAACCUCACCCGAUCAAAAGCCCCUACACGUGCUUUUCUCGGCCCACGGCGUACCGCAAAGUUACAUUGAAGCCGGCGAUCCGUACCAACGUCAAAUCCAGGAAUGUGUCGCUAAGAUUAGUGCUGAACUACCCUACGAAAAUGUACAAGUCCACCUUUCGUACCAAUCGCGCGUUGGUCCGAUCGAAUGGUUGAGACCGUACACGGACGAUGUCCUGCCCGAACUGGGCGCCUCGGGUGUCCGUAAUCUUGUGGUUGUUCCAAUUAGUUUUGUAUCCGAACACAUCGAAACCCUGGAAGAAAUUGAUAUCGAAUAUCGCGAGUUGGCAGAAGAAUCAGGCAUAUCCAAUUGGCGACGGUGCCCCGCACUCAAUACGGAUGCCACCUUUAUUGAUGAUAUGGCUGAUUUGGUCGUGGACGCUUUAGCGGAACCGGCUCAGUCCGUAACUGAAGCCUGUGUCGCGAACAUGGUGGGCGACGUGGAAUUGCAGCCUUUGGACGAGCGGUUGGGUAUCAAUACCGGUGGUGUUCAAGGGGUUGGUGCCGAAGGACUCUUGUACCAAGCCAAAUUGCAAGAGAAGGAACGAGUGAAUGCUCGGGUAGCCAUGAUGGGAGUGCUGAUUACGCUGAUGGUAGAAUUGGCGACGGGCAAGCCAUUCACCCAAAUGCUGUCGAGUCUAUCGGGAAAGUAA